AUCCAAGAUGGCGUCCGACAAGGAGUUAAAGUUAACAUGGUUUUUCGUUCACGAAGAAAUUUUGUCAAAAAUUUCAACCGCAGAUGCCUUUUUUAAUGCUGUAAAGAUAUGGGUAGAACGACCGCAAGUUGUAAAUCGCCGCCUUAUAGGAUCGUAUAUCCUACAGUCAUUUUUAACCUCGAAAUACAAGGAUUUGCUACCACAAAUUUUUGCAAUGACGCAAAGUGGGGAGGUUUUAAGAGAGAGUCUGUUGGGUUUGAUGAAGAGUUAUGAGGGAGAGAUUAAGGAGGAAGAUAAGGAUGUGGUAGAUGUAAAAAUAAGAUCGUUGUUACCGCGAGAAUCGAGUAAAUAUUGUAAUGUAUUGGAAAUGAUUAUUCAAGGUAGAGUGAAUACGUACGGCCAAAUCCCACUGUUAUUAAUUCACCGCAUGUAAACGUACUACCAUAUUGUAGUACAGCUUUUUAAUUUGUCUUGUAAAAAUCUUGUAAACUUACAUGCAAUAUCCAUCUAUUUAUCUGUACUUCCAUCCGUUUGUUUCUGUCGCCUUCCCAAAACUUUUCCCCUUGUUUAGAUGAAAAUGAAAAGAGUGUAACAUUCAUACCAUUCGAGGAAGAGGAAUCAACCAGUACAUUACGUUGUAAUAUUGAGCAUGCUUAUCAAGUGUCCUUUGUUGAAAAGCAAAAUAACACCCAGAGGUAAAGAAAAACAAAUCAACGUUGAAUGUUCCGUUGACACGGAACGGAACUGUUCUCAAAUUUUGACGAUUACGACUUGCGUUCACACAGUAAACACAAAUUCGGACAAUUCACGUUCGAAUUCACGUGUGAACAAAUGGAAAUAUAAUUUUUUUUCAGUUUAAGUUUUUCUGUUGCUGACGAAAGAACAAAGGGGAAUGGUAUUACAUGUCCGACGGUCGAGUGGUUGAAGUCGUUCCUACUUCCAAAACUCCACAAAUGGAUGAUUGAAAACGGCGGAACGUUUUCAUUGGGUCAAUCAUUGAGAUUGGUUUCAGUUGAGAAAUAUAGUAAAAAAUACGAAGAGUUGAAACAAAAAUAUAAACAUUUUGUUAAGGUGAUUAAUAAUUUUGCAAGUGAAGGCCGAGGAAGAGGGGUUCUCAUUCACCUUUUCUCGAGAGCAGUUCAAACGUGACCUCAGCCCUGACUCUUACCAUAUGACCCAUGUCUGAGCACGAGAGUUAGCAGUCACGCACUGUUACAGGGGACAUUUCAAGCUCUAGAUUAACAAAAUAAAUGUUUGAUGGGUGUUCCAACUAUGUUUUAACUUCAAUAGAAUACAUGAUAGCGUUGGGAAAGCAUUAAGAACAGCUAACCAAGGUCACGUGACUGUCAACUCUCAUGCAAUCUCAUCCUCGUAUCAUCCGGACUUAAGAGUUAAUACACCCUUUCGAUAAUUACGUCACAACUACACUGUUUUCAACUUAGGACCACCUUAAAUGGAAAGGGUUUCAAGUUUUUUCUCAUGGUAGCCCAUGCGCGAAAUUUUGCAUUUUGAUCAAUAAAUAUGGAAAUAAGCAUUAACACGAAAACGAGGCUUCAGGUCAUGACCUGAAGCCUCGUUUUCGUGUUAAAGCUUAUCUCCACAUUUAUUGGUCAAAAUAAAGAAUUCUUUUUCAUGCACGUGUUGAAGAAGGAUGUUCUGCUUCUCUGUGCAUAGCCCAUGAGAAAAAAAUUGAAAUCCUUUCCAUUUAAUUAAGGUGGUCCUAAGUUGAAAACAGUGUAGUUGUAACGUAAUUAUCGAAAGGGUGUAUUGGGGAGAAGCCUCGUACUACAACUGUGCUUGCACGAGUUUUGAAGCGCAUCAAUUCGGAGCAGUGCAUUUUCUAGCAACAUCGAUCUUUUAAAAGUCUUCUUCAAACGUUUUCAGAUGUGGCCAGAGAGAACAGACCCGCACAAAUUUGUUUAUGAAGAUGUCGCGAUAGCAACUUAUCUUUUGGUAAGCGGCGAUUUUUAAAAUGCCCAGGGCCGCCCAGAGGGGGGGGCAAAGGGGGCAAAUUGCCCCGGGCCCCGAGUUGCUGGGGGCCCCUGAAAAAUUUUUGUUGGGCCCCAGCCUUUUUUGUGCAAAGGACAAGAUAUCUGUUUUCUUGGGCUAAGUACCGAAUUUUGGCAUUAAAAAAUGAGAUAAAGUCCCUCGAAAGCAAUUGCACCGUACUCGUCCGGAAAAAUUUUGUACUCGGGAAAAAAUUUUUUACCCCUAAAAUGGUACACUGACCGAAAAUUUUUUGGCGACGGAGGAAAUGUUUUUAGAUAGGGGCCCCUAAAAAAAAUUUGCCCCGGGCCCCCGCCAACCUCUGGGCGGCCCUGAAAAUGCCUGAUAGAAAUACAAACAUUCAGUUAUUCAGGAACAUCUGAUGCAGUUUCUCAUGUUGUAACGUAACGUUUUUCUAGCUCCUGUGGGAGAGUGACGAAAAGGAUGGCAAAAAUUUUACACAGCAAACAUUUGUUGACCUUGGUUGUGGAAACGGUCUCUUGGUUCACAUUUUGAACAACGAGGGAGUAAGCACAUUUUUCUACUCAAUGUGACAGUAUUUUUUUCAAAUAAUUAAUUCGUGAACAAUAUUAUUGUUAAUUAUAUUGGCAACUUCUUAUAGCAUUUGGGAAAAGGAGUUGAUUUGCGCUCAAGAAAAGUUUGGGAAUUCUACGAUGACAAAACCGUUUUGGAGGUAGCGAUACCACACUUCUUUAAAAAUGUUGUUUUUAAGCGUUUUUUCUGUUAACUAAUAGCUCUGGCUAUCGGUUGUAAACUUACUACAAGUUUCCACGAGGUUAAGUAAAAGACAAACGGCUCAUUUUGGCGUGUUUUGUAGAGUCGAAAUGGAAACACUCUUCUCGCAUGCGACCGAGAUGAAAUUAUUAUCAGAUAACUGCAUAUUGCAGGAAUUAAACCCCGAUAACAGCAACGCUCCACAUACAUAGGUUUGAAGGUUUUAGAUGGAUUGAUGAAUGAUGGGACUUAUAGACAGAACUGUUUAGGAUUCAGUUUAAAAGUGCUUUCUAUAUCCGUACAAGGUCAGCUCAUUGGACCCAUCUUCACAAACUUAUCCAGAUGUUGAUUGGUUAAUUGGAAAUCAUUCAGAUGAAUUGACUCCUUGGAUGCCUGUUAUAGCUGCCAGGUAGAAGAGUUUUUAGUCUAUACAUUAUAAUAGAGCAGACAAACCAUGUUUAUGCCCGUUGCCAGAUUUUCAAAUUACUCGUUACUCUGAUAAUGUAUAAAGCAUAAAAUGGAACAAAGAUAGCUAAACGCGUUUCUUUGAUCAACAAGAUAAUAGAGGGGCACUACCUUUCACUGGCUUACGCAGCUGAUUGGUUAAUUGGAUAGUUCAUAUGCAUCUGAUUGGUUAAUUUCAAAGCUGAACCUCUCUAAUAUGAAACUGAAAAUACUGUGUUGUUUCCAUAGGUCGUCGUACAAUUGUAAAUAUAUUGUUUUGCCAUGCUGUUUCCAUGAUUUUUAUUGCAAGGUAAGUUGAGAAAAUGUGUUAGGAUAGGACUACAUGUUCAGAGUCAAGACUUGAAAUAAAUUUACAUAUAAUUGUGUAUAUCUCGAACAAGCGCUGGUCAAGUGAAUUAAAAUUGACUAACAGUUAUCUACAUUUCAAGUUCCAAAGAGCUAGCUCAAGUGAAAGACAGUAUCGUUCAUAUUUGGAUUAUAUCGAGAAUAUUGGCAAAACUUGUGGAUUUGAUGUCAAGGAAGACGUCCUGAGGAUACCAUCAACAAAAAAAGUACGAAUUCCAAAAUAUUUAAAUGCUAGGAAACAAAUUAUAAGUUUCCUGGUUUGUCCACCCUCCGGAAAAACAUGGCUAGGAAACAAUGGUUCCUUGUUUGUUCACCUUCGGGAAACAUGGCUAAGAAACAGUGUUUCCUGGUUUGUCCAUCUUCGGGAAACAUGGCCAGGAAACAAUCUUUCCUGGUUUGCCCACCUUCAGGAAAUAUUGUUAGGAAAACAAUGUUUUCUGUUUCUCCUAGGCUUUCAUUUAGUUUUCAAAAUCUUUACUAAAUAUACUCUUAUCCAAAUUCUAAAACACAGGUAUGUCAGAUUGGAAGAAACCGUAAUUAUCGAGCGGAAAAGCAAAAGUCAAUUGAAGACGAAAUCUCCAAAAUGCUAGACAACGCAAGAUAUGGAAAACAAAAAGAGAUAACAAGAAACUUAAAUGAGUAUACAACCGAAAAUCGGCACCAGAUGCCACAGUCGCCGAAUGUGUUAUCGUCAUAUCACCAUGACAACACAUAUACUGACCAAUCACAAGCAUCAUUAUGCCAUUACCAUGACAACACAAAAUCUGAUCAAUUGCAAGCUUCAAGACAGUUUGUACCACGUAGUAAUACAGAACCGGUGAAGAAUUGCACUAAACUGGACAAGAAACUGUUGGAUAAGAUAGUUCAGAAAGUAGCGACUGAAUUGCUCUCAAGACCAGGACGGGAGGCAGAUGGAAGAGAGACGAACAAACACUGGAACAAAGGAGGCAUGUUUAAUGAACGGGCUUUGUAUAGAGCCUGAUAUUUGAGAGGUUCAGAUUUGGAUUCCACAACCGCUACCUCUAAUGGACCAUCAACCAAUCAGAUGCGUUUGAUAUAUCCGAUUAACCAAUCAGAUGCGUUUGCUAUAUCCGAUUAACCAAUCAGAUGCAUACUAAGUCAAUGAAAGGUAGCGGAAUCAAAUCUUAACCUCUCUAUUGUAACUCUCAGACGGGUUUGCAGGCAAUGGGAUGGUCGUCCAUUUUAUACAGUUUUUAGCCCAUCCCAAAGACAAUCACUUGUCACACCCGGAUUCUCAUGUGAAACUGUUUGAAACUUUGUGAAUGUGUCUUGCACAGGGAAAUGAAUAUCUGGGACAAAUUUGAGAUAGAAAUCUAAUACUGUCAAUGAGAUAUUGAGUAAUGUUAAACCAGAAAUGGAUUUCUAUUUACAACUAGUGCCAGACCUACCUAGAAUGUCUAUGGGCGAAGGUACGAGUGGAGAAUCUGCGCCAUUGCGGAGCAAUAUCUACGACAAGCACAUAUUCCCAGUUUUGGUAUGGCCGAGGUAAUGAAAGUCAAUACCUCCACCCAACCCCUGAUUAAUCUGCUAUGACUCUGGCAAAGAAGCUCGUACUCGAAAGCUACGCGAAAUUGACUGGGAUGAGACCCUUGGUGAAAACUCCUCUGUACUCAGUAUAUACUGACUACUGUACUUAAAAUAAGGAUAAAGCAAUAGAAUUUCAGUAGGAUGCGUCAGAACAAUCAUAGUUGUGGCUGCAAAGCUAAGAACCGUUGAAUGCGUGAUUGCUAUUAAAAAACAGAAUAUAUAUUUCCUUUUUGUGUUCAGGUUGUAUGGAGCUGAGCGAAGUGUCGAAACUGUUUGACCAAGAUGUUCUUGCUCAGUUAAGGUGUGAAGCUGGUGGAAUAAAAACAGUCUUGAGAAAUUCACAUCAGAUUUUUAAAGGUGAGCUUCAUGGAGUAUUAUGGACUUCCGUGUUAUAUAGGGUUAGAAGUGCGCUGUAAUACGUAUGAAAAUUAAUAUAUACAACCGAUAACACCAUAUACAGCUGAGGUACCGCUCAUGAAAGCGAGCACCCUGGCCCCAAAUGCGACUGUAUAAAUGCUGCAAAAGCAUGACUAAAAGGUAUGCCGAAAACAGGCGUACUUUAUAUCCACAAACCGUGGCUGUGAGGUAUGCCGAAAACAGGCGUAUUUUAUAGCCAUGGUAUACUGCAUUUUUAUAUAAAUAAAUAGCCUAGUAGAAUUAUUUGAACAGAUUUGCAAUUUUUCAUACAUUUUGCAGUGCAAGGUGGUACAGUAGAAAUACGUGACUGGAGAGAGGAUAGUCAUUGUAAGAAGAACGAUGAUAAGAAGCAACCUGGAAGCCAGAAAUACUGGAAGACUAAACAAUGCUGGUUUCACGGCAGUCAUCCUGAUGGCUGUCCACUUGCAAGUGAACAAUGUAGUUUUGCACAUGGAAUACAGGAACUAAGAACACUACCAUAACAUAGGCAUAGUUAAGACCCGGUGAAACGUGGAUAAGAGUUGCAACUGUCAUCGACUCUCGUGCCAACCUCGUUCCCAGGCUCUUACCUCUUGUGGAGGAACUCUCACCUUCGUUUGCCCAGGGCUUAAUAACAUUAUUUAUGUCGCAUUGUAGUUUUGGACUAUAAAGAAGGAGCAAUUAAAAAUGCUAACCUAAACCAGAGCACAGCUAUGGUUUAUAAUGCUACGUGCAUGUUGGUUAAUUCUUUCGUAGUUUCUUUGUUCAACGUGGUACGAUAUCGCGUUUUAAAGCUUUGAGAGAAGUUUCAUUUAUCUCACAUUAAGAUAAAACUGCAUUUAUAUUUUAUACCAAAGAAUCUUUGCCUUUGCGAAGAACCGUUUACUGCGAACGGUAGUUAUGUAGCAGCUUCUUACAGUAAAUAUUUCAAUUCAACACUUUGUUGUUGUUCUUGUUGUUAUUGUUGCCUAACUUUGAGUUUAAUUAAAAUAUUGUGAAUAGGUAGGGUUUCACCAUGGAUUGUAAAAUAACUGGAUAGGAAACUCCCUGACGUCACAGUCUAAACCUAGUUGCAAUCUGUGACGUCACGUGUAUUGCCAAAGUUCUCGGCAUUUUUGUUGGUUCGCUAUAUUUUCCGCUUUAAAAGAGUAAUAUUGAAGCAUAAACUGGUCUAAUUGUUUUAAAAACAUGCCUAAGCCACGACAAAGUAUUCGGGGUAAAUAUUUUUCGCCUAUUUUUUUACACUUGUAGCUACGAAAUUGGCGUCGCAUUUUUCACUGUUUAGUGCUUGAAAUAUUUGCUAAAAUUGACCGGGAAUACUUAGAGAUUUAAUCGUAGAAUGGCCUAGUUAUAUUUAUUUGCUCUUUGACUAAAAUGUUUAGCUGUAUUAUCGCUAAACAUGCCGUUUUUGAGAAUUUGGUUUGCAACUAGGUUUCAACGCCAUCAUCCCAUUGAAAACAUUAGGUCACGUCAGCUAGUUUCCUAUCCAUGUAUUUUAUUAUCCAUGAUUUCACUAAGCACUACCGUGCAACAGAUGGUGGUCAACCUACAGUGUGAGAAAAUAAUGUUAACCCGUUUCAUUAAUUUUGUGUCGUGCCCCCCCCCCCCUGCAUGCGAGGGAUUUCAGGGGGGGCGCAAAAUUGCUCUUGUACAAGUCAACAUUUAGAAUAUAAAAACUUUAUUUAGGCACGUUGGGCGUGUAUAAAAUAUCAUGGUACAAACUUUGGUAAAAAAGGUAACCAUUUACAGGGUGUCAACUAAAUGUGUAAUUUAUAGUAAGUUUGACCACCACUUGCUGUCUCACGGCCCAUUUCCACUCAAGAAAAAUUUCCACGGACAGAUAAUUUCCCGAAAAUAUCAUUGUUAAAAGUUGAAAAUUUUCAACUUCAAAAUUUUUUUUCCGACGGAAAAUUUGUGUCGGCCAAUGACAUUUUACAAAAUUUUCUUUCUGCGGAGAUGGGCCUUUAUAACGCUUGCUGAAACCCAUGAACACAUACAUAUGUUAUUGCGCGAGGCAUUUCUAUUCCACUAAAAGCAACCGGCUCUACGGCUGGUAUCCUGCCGAAGCAUACCCUAGACCAAUACCACUCUUGCCACCAGCACCCCGCGACAACUGAAACGCUCUAGAUCGUUCAAAUUCUUUUUCAAGGUCCGUUAAAAUUUGAUCACCCUUCGUAGGUCCUUCCUCUGUGAUAUCUUGUCCCUCGCCCUUGAUUCCCAUCAAUCGUCGAAACUUAGCGCCCAUUUCACCGCCUUGAUCGCCAGUGAAUUUCGUUCCUGACCACAUAGCGUUGUUCGAGGGUGUCUAGAAAUAGUAGCAAUAAAGUGUUAUGCACAUGUGGUGUCGUGAUCACCACGCUUGCCUGAGUGGCAUAACUCCUAUGAGC